AUGCUGCGACGCAACAGUUCUCGAAAGAAGAAUCGCCGCCCAUUGAGUCGAAGCAAAUCGACCAACUCUGUCGCCCGCAGUCCCAUCCGCGAUCUUGAAUCCAUCAACCCUGCCAGGGCUGAACGAGAUGCCAACAUUGCUGCUGUAAUUUCGUAUCAGCGAGCUCAAGAUAGAGACAGUAGCGAGGGAAUGCUACUCCCACGGGACCCUGCGAGCUUCUACCCCGAUAGGAGUGAUGGCACUGGCAGCGUCAUCAGACACAGUCUGGAGCGGACUGACAGUGCUCUGAGCGGUCAUGGCAGUUCAAACAUUGCUCGACAGAAAAGCGUUCGCUUUACCGGGCCGUUAGCUCACCCACGCAGAAAUUUUGCAUCCAGAGCGAAUGGUGGAAGAGAUUCUCCGACAAAAGCAACUUCCGCGAUCCAUGCUUUCGGGAAUGCAAACGCCAGACCCUCAUCCACGCUGUCGUUCCAUAACGAACGACCAGAUAAGUUCUCCCUUACCCGGCGUUACCUAGAGACGCUGCAGCCACCCGACUCGUGUUACCACCCAGAAGAAGAUGCUGCUUCGAUGGCUACAUCCUACAAAAAGGUUAGGAAGUCCCGGUCAAUGGUGACUUCCUCGCAUGCAGAGACAGGGACAAUUUGUAGCAAGACCUGGUCUGCAAGGACUCGCCAGCCACCUACAGUUCCUCAACGCCUGCUUACGAAUAGCGAAAACGAACAGCUAAAGGCUGCAAUGGCCCCCAAUGCCAGUCUCAGAGCUUCUACAUCAAUGAGCUUCCUCAAAACACGGCGACGGCUGGCGGCAUCACGCUCAAGUAGUCGUGCUGAGGAUCAUGAUCUAGCAGUUCAACUUGCUAGAGAGAGGUUUCGACAGAUACAAGAACAAGAUGCGAAAAAGGCUCAAUCGUCUUCUUUGCUACGUCCAAAGCACACACAAAGCGAGGGCUCUCCCUUCCGAAAGUCGAUGCGCGAUACCAGCAACAACACGACAGUCUCGGCCCUUUCUACGAUCUCCGCUUCAAAGCAGAGAGGCAUCCGAAAAACGGCGCGCAAGGUAUCUCAUGGGCUCAGAUCACGACUGCGAGGGCUGUUUGGCAGAGGAAAGAGUUCCGAGGACUCAGACCAGCAUGAACACGAACAAGUCGCGGUGGAGAAGGAUUCAGAUGCAGAGAGUUGCUUGCAGAUUGGGGAUGUCGAGUCGACCGAAGAAGCCUCUAUGUUUCAGGUUACAUCGCAUGUGCCUUCUCUCCACGACGUACCGUCCAACCAGCAGCUCAGGUCUCGCAAGGGUAGCGUUGAAAGCUUUGGAGAUGGCGACCAGCAUAUUCCUGAUGACAAGUCUCGUGUCACCAGCUGGACGAACUCGAUGACAAAUACAGUGACAAGCCAUGGGACUUUUGGAGACUGGGAGAGGCAGCGCCUCUCUGUGAUUAAAGAGAACGGCACGCAUAUUCCUUCGUCAGCUCGAUCGAUUGAAUAUCUGGAGCAGCAAACUAGAGACAUGAUUGCAGACAUGUCGGUUGACAGCGAACGUGUCUACUCAGCUCUUAUGGAGCGACUCGCACGCAAGGAGCCGACGGAUAGGGUCUCGCAGUCUCAACCGGGCUCGGUCAAGUCCAGAGGAACGAACACUAGAGACAGCGACGGUCAAUCCAUCAACAGACAAUGGGAUUGCUCCACAAUUCGGUGCGUUCGGCCUGAUGAUAACAUUUUCACGGAUAAUAGAGACCAUUCCUCUCGAAGUUCAAGCUCAGCCACCGAGGUCCCCGAGCACGAGAACAAGCACCAGUCCCAAGCCGACCACACAUCUACAGCCGAACACAUGGCUGCAUUAGAUUGGAGCGACGAUAGGACUCACUCCGAAAGCGAGCAUACUAGUGUUCUACUCCAGGGCAUGGAACCACAAAGGACGAUCACGCAGAGGAGCUCUGCAUUUUUCGCAAGUCCUUCUUGUCAAUCGUUCCGUUCCCCAAGUCCUUAUCGCCGCGCUCUCAGAGCAAGUCAAAUGAACUCUGAAGACGAACAAGACGCUUUUCAGGGAUCACGGUAUCUACAUUCGCUAUCGACCUUGUGCCUUCCAACCCGUCAGGACAGCAGCCCGUCUUCCGGGAAGGACUUGCAGGUGGGAGAUGCGGAAAGUGUUUACUCUUGUGCGGGCGAUGAUGCAAACCUGGUGCAUGCAGCUUCGGAGAACACCGCGACACAGAAUGAGACCUGUAUCUACAAUGAUCCCGUACCACCACCAGAGAUUCCGGCCCGACUGUCGUACCGCCAACACCAACGAGAUACAUCCACAGCGAGUUCUGUAGAAUGGAAGACCUGGCUUAGCUCAAAAGUGUCGCAGCUCGAAGCACCUCUGACACCAACCAAGCGAGAGAAAUGGAGCGACGUAUUUCCAACACUGGGCCAUGUUAGAGAAAACGCUUCUAUAGGUUCAACACCUGAGCAUUUCACACCUACGAAGGAUGGGGUAACGAAUCGCAGCCCUCUGAGCAACGUCAAGGCCAAUGCGCAACCCUUUCAAGGUGGAGGCAGUCCGACAAGAUCAACGCGUCAAGUCCUGAUAGGAUACGACGAGAAUACAGCACCGAGUUCCAAAGCCAAUACUUACACCAAGGAACGGCCCCCAUCUAUACCGCCCAGGAGCACGUUGCGAGCGGUGCCAUCUCUUCCAAGUGUCGGCUCGAGAGGAUACAAUCCAGACACAGGUUUGGUGAAGGAGAUGCCGCGUAUGCGAUCACUAAAUACAAUAGGACGUCUCAGUUCGACACCGGAGGAAUCCAUCAAUAAGAGACGGUCCCGGACACGCGUCACUGGUUGGCAAGGUUCACCAACCAAGUCAAGCCCUGGGGUUCGUACCCAACCUCCUAGAACCGGAUCACCUGCUCUUCGAGGAGGCUUUGGCCUGAAGUAUCCGAUCAGAUCUCAGAGAGAAGAGAGACAGCCAGGAGACAAAAUGAGGGAUCGAGAGUCUGAUGCUCAAGCGAUGGGUAGUAAGACGAUGGUAGACCUGUUUUUGAGUAGCCGGCGGAACCAAGGAGAUGGUAGAAGUAGUGGAUUUGGAAGUUCACCAGCGGCGUUUCUUUAA